UUAUUUCACAAUUACAUACAUUGUGUUUGUGUUUUAGGCGCCAAGUGGCACUCACGACGAAAGUUGUUAACUCCCACAUUCCAUUUUAAUAUAUUGCAGCAGUUUGUUGAGAUUUUGAUUGAAGAGAGCGAAAAAAUGACAAAGUCCUUAAAGCAUACGAGAGGCACAGUUGUAAAAGAUUUAACAUCGUUUGUUAGUGAACAUGCGCUGAAUGCAAUAUGUGAAACUGCAAUGGGCACUUCUCUAAGAGAUCUAAGUGCAUUCCAACAAUCUUAUCGAGAUGCUAUUCACCAGAUGGGCGAAUUUCUUGUUUAUAGGUAAUUUAUAAGUAUAAGUAAUAUA